AUGGUCAAAAAGGGCCCCUUUACCGUAGAGGCGCCCGGAUAUGAACCUGUCCCCGGCGAGACCAUUCCCCGUCGGCACCCUAAGGCUAAGAACGGUCUCAUUACGCGCAUUUCCGACGAUGUCACCACCACUUACGAAAACUUUCGCCGAUCCGCUCGCGUCUUUGGCAACGGCAAAGCUGUCGGCACUCGCAAGUUGAUCAAGACCCAUGUGGAGACCAAGAAGGUUAAGAAGAUCGUGGAUGGCGUCGAGAAGGAGGUGGACAAGGAGUGGACUUACUUUGAGAUGAGCGGAUAUACCUACAAGACCUUCCUCGAGUAUGAGAAGCAAUGCCUUGAGCUUGGUAGCGGUUUCCGCAAGCUGGGACUCGACAGCAGCCACAGACUCCACCUCUACGGUGCGACGAGCGCAAACUGGCUGGCCAUGUCACACGCCGCUGCCUCUCAAUCCAUCACCAUCGUGACCGCAUACGAUACCCUCGGCGAGGAGGGCCUGAAGCACUCUAUGGUGCAGACUGGCAGCAACGCCAUCUUCCUUGACCCCGGCCUGAUGAAGUCGCUCCUCAACAUCCUCCGAAGCGUACCAUCCCUCAAGUAUAUUAUCUAUAACACCGACACCGAAAUGGACCAGAAGCUCCUCGAUCAGCUCCACAGCGAGUUCAUCCACAUCCAAGUACUGAGCAUUGAGGACCUGCGCCGGCAGGGUGAGGAGAACCCCGUGGAGCCAGUUCCCCCCAAGCCCGAGGACCUGUGCUGCAUCAUGUACACCUCUGGCUCAACCGGCCCACCAAAGGGUGUGCCUUUGACUCACGCUAACGUGAUUGCUGCCACCGCUGGUGUCAACGCCGUCAUCGGUCCCUGCAUCACCCACACCGACUCCCUCCUGACCUACCUUCCUCAAUCCCACAUCCUGGAGUUCAUGUUUGAGAACAUCUGCUUGUUCUGGGGUGGUACCAUGGGUUACGGUAACCCCCGCACAUUGUCCGAUGCCUCCAUGCGCAACUGCUUGGGCGAUAUCAAGGAAUUCAAGCCUACCGUUCUGGUCGGUGUACCGGCCGUGUGGGAGUCCGUCAAGAAGGGUGUAUUGAACAACCUGAACAAGACCAGCUUCGUGGUCAAGGGUAUGUUCUGGGGUGCCUUGGCUGCCAAGAGCUUCCUGCUGAGCACUGGCAUUCCCGGUUCCAACUUCGGCGCCUGGGCUUUGGACAGCAUUGUCUUCAAAAAGCUGAAAGAGGCAACUGGAGGCCGACUCCGUGUUGUCAUGAACGGUGGUGGCCCCAUCUCCAAGGAAACCCAGAAGUUCCUGUCCAUGGCUGUGGCCCCGAUGAUCAGCGGCUACGGUUUGACCGAGACCUCUGCCAUGGGCGCUCUGAACGACCCCUUGGCUUGGAACCCCAACGCCCUGGGUGAUAUUCCGGCCUCAAUUGAGAUCAAGCUUGUUGACUUCGCCGAGGCUGGAUACUUGACCACGAACAACCCCCCUCAGGGUGAGAUCUUCAUUCGUGGUGGCAGUGUCACAUCAGGCUACUACGAAAACGAGGAGGAGACCAAGGCUGCGAUCACCGAGGAUGGCUGGUUCAUGACCGGUGACAUUGGCGAGUUCGACCGCAACGGCCACCUCAGCGUCAUUGAUCGCAAGAAGAAUUUGGUUAAGACCCUGAACGGUGAAUACAUCGCUCUGGAGAAGCUCGAGUCUGUCUACCGCUCGUCUCCCGUGGUUGGCAACAUCUGUGUGCAUGCUGCCGAAGAUCAAGACAAGCCUGUCGCCGUCAUUGUCCCCGUCGAGGUGGCACUUAAGAAGAUCGCCAGCGAGCACGGUAUCGAGGGCGAUACUCUGGGAACACUUGUUCACAACGAUAAGCUCAACAAGAUCGUUCUCCAGCAGCUGCAGGCCGCCGGCCGCGCAGGUGGCCUGAGGGGCAUUGAGAUCCUCAACGGAGUGGUUCUGUCCGAUGAGGAGUGGACUCCGCAAAACGGCUAUAUGACCGCUGCGCAGAAGCUCCAGCGCAAGAAGAUCAUCACUCACUUCGAGAAGGAGAUUGCCAAGGCCUACGGCAAGAAAUAA